AUUCUUGGCGGCAGCUAUAUUGGGUUGUUCCUCCCUUUGAUUGUGUUGCGUGCAUUGACUGGAAUUGUGCAUUUUUGAUUGUGAGUUGAAGCACUCUUCCAGAAUUGAAAACACUUGGUGUUAUAAAGCAACAAAACAUUAUCUUUUGAACGAAUCUGUGUGUAAUCUAUCCAGACAGGAUAGAAUAACAUUUAUUUAUUGCGAUUGAUUUGAUUAAUUGAACUAUUGUUGGUUGGAUAGCUGGGUGGUUAUAUUUGUUUAGAACCGUCAUUUCACCCGAUUACUUUGUUUUGGUUUCAAACGGGCAAGGGCGCGUAUCUAACCCACCAAGACAGCUAUUCUUCAGUCCAAACCUUGGUUUGGAUCUUGCAGUUCUAAACAAAUAUCGAUUGGUCAAAGUUGUUUGGCUAUCGUUUCACGGAUUUUAAUUGCCGUUUCUGGAAAUAUUUGGUCGUUUCUCUCGUGAUGCCGAACACUCGUCAAAGAAAGUCAAGUUCAAAGCUCGGUGUUAAUGGAGCUAAACUAAAUGAUGGAUCCCUUCUUACAAAGCAAGUACCUUUUGAUGUCCUUAAGUGUCAUGGUUCAGACUCAAGUAGGGUUGAUUAUCAUGAUAGUGAGUCUAGUUGUGAUUUAGUGGCAGAUGACGUGGAAAAUCCUAGUUCAGAUGUAAAGCAAGCGAAGAGCGUCAUGCCUGUGACACUUUUCGUAGGUCUAGAGUUACCAAAGGUUGAAUUAAGUUAUUUCGAUGGACAGCCAAGAGAGUACUGGAAGUUUAUAAGGCAGUGUGAAACCUACGUAGCGUCAAGAGUCAUUGAUGAUAGCCAACGUUUGCUCUAUUUGAUACACUAUUGUAAGGGUAAGGCAAAAUCUGCUAUAGAGGGUUGUGUCAUGAUGAAAGCGUCUGUUGGUUAUAAGAGGGCCAGAGAAAUUCUAAAACGUUUGUUCGGACAGUCGCAUGUAAUCGCUCGAGAAACCUUGGAAGACUUAUUCAAUACAGUAAAUGUUGAUUGUAAUGACGCAGAGCAGCUAUCGAACCUGGCUAUGAAAAUGGAAAAUUGUGCUAUGAUCUUGGAACAGAUGAAUUAUACUGCUGAUCUAAAUUCUUUAGUUACUUUAGAGCGAAUAGUCAGUCUUUUGCCUCACUCUGUGCAAGUUCAGUGGGCGGACUUGGUAGAUAAAUUGACUGAAGACGAUAGAGAACAAACGUUUGACGAGCUCACUGAGUUUAUAGCAUCUCGUGCGAGAGUAGCCAGUAGUAGAUUUGGACGGUUGGCAAAUCGUUCCAAAAGGGGACAUAACGUAAAGACGAGUUGUCACCUACAAUCGGGGCAGUGGAAUAGUUUGACCACAAAAAGUAAAUGUAGUAUAUGUUCCGAUGACCACUCUGUUUAUAAAUGUCCACGAUUUUUAGCGCUUACAGUUCAAGAACGAUGGUCUCACGCAAAGAGCAAGGGUAUCUGCUUUGUCUGUCUUAGGCAAGGACAUAAAGCUAAUGAAUGUAAACUGACAGAGCGCUGUAACGUUGAUAGGUGUGAGAAAAAACACCAUUCUCUGUUGCAUAGUGAUUCAACAACCAACGGCGCAAGAGCUAAACCUGGUACUCAGAAUUGUUGCGGAUUUACUAAAUCACUAAAUAGUCAAGUGUGUUUAGGAAUUAUUCCUGUGCGGUUGAGGUCGGAAAAUGCCGAAAUUGUGGGUUAUGCUCUAUUGGAUAACGGUUCUGAUGUGACGUUGAUUAAAUCAAACUCUUUGAGGUCUCUCGGGCUGAAGGAAGACCAAGCGACAGUGGUAGUUGAGACUGUGGGUGGUAAUAGAACAACAAAGGUCACGAAUGCGCCUUUUGAAGUAUUUUCUUUAGAUCGAUCUGAACACAUUACAAUUGAAGGAGCUCUGAUUGUGGCAAGUAUACCAGGGCACAAACCAACGAAGGUGGCAAUGAACAAUCUAGUUAAGUGGCCGCAUUUAAGUGAUGUACCAAUAGAUAAUCUGGACUAUGGAGAAGUUCUACUGUUGAUUGGUUGCGACGUGCCGGAAGCACAUUGGGUGUUAGACCAGCGGUUGGGCGGAAGGAAAAGGCCGUACGCGGUGAAAACGUUGCUAGGUUGGACUGUCUUUGGACCUGCAUCAUACCCGGAAUUUAGGAAAAGAGUUGUUAAUCUUACUAGUAAAGUACAGACAUUGGAAAACCAAAUACCUAAGCUUUAUGAUGUGGAGUUUGCAGAUGUCUAUUCAGGUGAUAAAUCAGUAUCGGUAGAAGACAAGGCGGCCAUAGAGAUUGUGGAAAGAGGCACGCGCUUCGACAAUGGGCAUUUUGUAGUUCUUAUACCAUGGAAAAAGAAUCCAAAUAUGAAAGUGGGGAAUUAUGAAGUAGCAAACAGUAGAUUACAGAGUUUGAAGCGUAGAUUGUUGAGGGAUGACAGUCUGCACAUCAAGUAUACGAGAAGUAUUGAAAGUAAUUUUGGUAAAGGCUAUGCGGAGAAGGUCUCUGAAAUACAAUUGCAGCCUAAUUACCGCCCCCGAUGGUAUUUGCCUCAUCAUGCCGUGUUAAACCCGAAAAAGCCAGAAAAACUUAGAGUGGUCCUCGAUUGUGCCGCCAAGUUUUCAGGCGUUUCCCUAAAUGAUAUGAUUUAUCAAGGACCCGACACCACCGCUGAGCUAGUGUGUAUAUUAUUGCGUUUUCGCAAGGAGGCAGUUGCAAUCUCUGCAGAUGUUGAGGAAAUGUUCAUGCAGGUGAAGGUCCCUGAGUCUGAUCGAGGAGCUUUAAGAUUUCUGUGGUGGCCGGAGGGAGACAUGUCGAGGGAGCCAUCUGAAUUUCAAAUGACCUCUCACCCAUUUGGUGCCACAUCAUCUCCGUUUUGUGCAAACUUUGCCAUGAAUAAGACAGCCCAAACAUUCUCUGAUGGUUAUGAUCGGUAUGUCGUAGAUGCUGUCAAGAACAAUUUCUAUGUUGAUGACUGCUUGAUAUCCUUUUCUACUUGCGAUCAGGCGAAGGAGUUUGUUAAGCAGAUAAGUGAAUUGUUACGUAAAGGAGGUUUUAAAUUAAAGAAAUGGAUCACCAACUCGGAAGAAGUAAAUACCAUCCUGCCUGAUGUAUGUAAAGAAGAGUCUUGGAUAGAAAUGUCCAUGAGUUAUUACACCACUCAUCGAACUCUAGGUGUAGAGUGGGAUUUUAAACAAGAUGUGUUUAGGUUUUACUUUGAUGCACCAGAAAAGCCCUUGACUAGGAGAGGGAUCCUAUCUGUAGUUUCUUCUCUGUUCGAUCCUUUGGAUUUAAUUGCUCCAGUCUGCCUUACGGCCAAACUUCUUUUGCAAAAAUUAUGUAAAUCUCAAAUAGGUUGGGAUCAGCCUCUCAACGAGCCAUACAUGUCCACGUGGCUCAAUUGGGUGAAUUUUAUGCGUCAGAUAGGUCAUGUUACGGUAGCUCGGGGAAUCAAGAACAGAGUCGAGUAGAAUUACAUUUGUUCAGUGAUGCUUCGGAGAUUGGUUAUGGAGCAGUUGCGUACGCACGAGUUAGUUAUUUGAAGGAACCACCAUACUGUAUAUUGUUGUAUAGCAAGUCGAGAGUAGCACCUAUUAAACAAGUCACCGUACCGAGGCUUGAGAUGGCGGCAGUGGUACUAAGUGUUAGGCUAAGUGAAGUCUUACGUAGGAGUCUGCCCAAUUUUUUCUGUAAGGUAAACUUCCAUACGGAUUCCAUGAUAGUGUUAUACUACAUUAAGAAUACCGAAAACCGAUAUAGCACCUACAUAGCCAACCGCCUGGCUGUUGUGCACCAGUAUACGAAGGUUGAACAAUGGAGUUAUGUAAAGUCGUCACAGAAUCCAGCUGAUUGGACCUCGAGAGGUAUACAGAAAAUGAACGAUCUUGAAUCCUGGUUUAAAUGUCCUACUCUAUUGCAUGGCGAAUUUUUGUAUAACAAUCACUGAUUGUCCGGAACCAACACCUGACAAUAUUGAGUUUAGAAAAACUGCUGUGGUUAACUUGAGUAGUACGGAAUAUAGCAUGUCACCUAUUCUUUCUCAUUAUUCAGAGUGGUUGAAAUUAGUCAGGGCUGUGGCCUGGCUUAGAAGGUUCUUAGAAUUCCUGAUGGUACUUCGUUCAUCGAGUCGGGAAGGAUCCGUUCAUUUAGGAUACUUAAAGGUAAAUGAGCUUGUAAUUGCCAAGCGUAAGAUUUUAAUGAUGGUUCAGAGAGAAGUGUAUGGAGAAUUAUUUAGUGAAUUUAAAACCAACAGUAAAGUAGUUAGUCAUAAUGAUCUGAAAGGAUUGUCACCUAUAAUACUGGACGGGUUAAUCUGUGUUGGAGGUCGCUUAAGCUACUCAGAUUUCUCCGAUGCUUUUAAACAUCCAGUAAUUUUACCCAGUCGACACUUGGUGACGGAAAUGAUAAUUAGACAUUAUCAUAAAGAACAAGGGCACACAGGAACGUCUCAAGUACUGGCCACAAUUCGAAAAAGCUAUUGGAUAGUAAAAGGAACUAGCACAGUUAGAAGAGUGAUAGGAAAGUGUGUGACAUGCCGACGGUUUACGAUGAAUUUAGGACAACAAUUGAUGGCACCGCUUCCAGUUUGCAGAGUGCAACAAGGCUGGUAUAGCUUCUCAAAUGUAGGGGUAGACUACUUCGGACCUUUCUUAGUCAAAAGAGGAAGGUCAUUAGAAAAAAGAUAUGGAUGUGUAUUUACUUGUUUGCAAACCAGAGCAGUACAUAUUGAAGUGACGUAUAGUUUGAAUACUGAUUCCUUUAUAAUGGCCUUAUUACGUUUUAUUGGAAGAAGAGGUAAACCUGCAGAAAUUUACAGUGACAAUGGGUCAAAUUUCGUGGGUGCAGUCACUGAACUAAGGAAAUUUGUGAAACAGUUUAAUCAGCAGAAGAUAAGUAACGAGCUGUCAGCGAGGCAGAUUCAAUGGCAUUUUAACCCACCCUCAUCCAGCCACAGGGGUGGAGUAUGGGAAAGGAUGAUUAGGUCUAUACGCCGACUGUUAUUGUUGAUCACCAGAGAACAGACUUUAACUGACGAGGCUUUAUGCACUUAUUUGGUCGAAGUAGAAAGGAUACUGAACGAUCGACCCUUAACUCCAGUUAUCCAAGAUGCUAACGAUAAGCUAGCCUUAUCGCCAAAUACUUUGCUGUUAUUGAGAGAAUGUGACGGAAUAGUAGAUGAAGGUAGCGUUCGAAACAAAUAUGACAAACGUUGGAAACAGGUUAAUUAUCUAGCUAAUGUGUUUUGGAAAAGGUGGUUAAGAGAGUAUUUACCGUCCUUACAAAAACGUCAAAAAUGGUUAACUGAACAUCGCAAUUUUCAAAAGGGAGAUGUAGUAAUCGUGACUUCGGAUAUUUCGACCCGUGGAAAGUGGCCCUUAGGAGUAGUGGAAGGUUGUGAAAUAGAUAACGACGAAAAGGUUAGGACGGUUACUGUUCGUACGAAUAAUGGAUUAGUUACAAGAGAUAUACGUAAGGUAUGUCUCCUUGAAUGUUCGAAUUAGUUCUUUGCUAUUAUCAAGGUAGGUAGGUCGAGUAGGCGUACAGUUGUAAGCCCUGCUCGUUCCUGUGUAGUAGAAUAUGUUGUAGUAUGAACCAUGACCAUAGGCAUCAAGGUGGCUUGUGUUGUAUGGAGGGAUUUUGAGGGCCGGUGUAAGAUCCAUUUUGAAUGAUUUGUGUGUGUGUAAAUCCCUCCAUGUAUAUACUUGCAGUUUAUUCAUAUUGAUACCUUUGGUUGUACAUUUUUAUUAGUCUUUUUCAUUCCUCUUGAUUUAAUAGCAUUUGUAUUUUAUUAUAGUUUUUAUUUUUCUUACGCUUUCACUAAGUUUCCGUGUUUCUUUCUGAACUGCAUUUAUGUUGUUUGACUUGAUACCUAUUCUUGGCGGCAGCUAUAUUGGGUUGUUCCUCCCUUUGAUUGUGUUGCGUGCAUUGACUGGAAUUGUGCAUUUUUGAUUGUGAGUUGAAGCACUCUUCCAGAAUUGAAAACACUUGGUGUUAUAAAGCAACAAAACAUUAUCUUUUGAACGAAUCUGUGUGUAAUCUAUCCAGACAGGAUAGAAUAACAUUUAUUUAUUGCGAUUGGUAAUUUUCUAGCAUCCUUUUUCAACUUUCUUAUUUAAUGUAAUUUAGAUUUGAUUAAUUGAACUAUUGUUGGUUGGAUAGCUGGGUGGUUAUAUUUGUUUAGGUAACGAUGUACAUUUAAAUUUAUGAUGAAUUAUAGAACCGUCAUUUCACCCG